AGAGGGGGAGUGAAUGAAUAAUGGCUAAUCUACAACAAAGCAGAAUUGAAGUCAUUGGAGGAACUACUCCAGAGAUUGGUGGAUGGUGCAGAGGGAUGAAGUGCAUAGUGGAAACUCCCAGCAAUCCUUUAGUGAUGGAGUAGUAAUAGGAGAAGCAGAGAGACUUUUUAUCGGACUGAAGGAGUAGGAGAAUGAGGCUUUAGACAUUAGAAAAGCAGUUUAUGCAGGAAAGGGUGAGUUUAAGAAGAGGAAGUGGUCACUGGAGUCUGGUCAAGAGGUGAAAAGUCUCAUUGUGUCUGAGGUAUGGGGUUGAGAGAAUCAGAUUUGUUAUAGACACCAGUUCUUUGAUUUUUCUGUACAAAGUAACAUUUGUAGAAUCUUAACCCUUCAUAUGUAAUAUUCAGAUAAACUUAUUUGAAAGAUAUGUGGAUUAAAAAGGAAACAUUAUAAAUGAAGUAGAAGUAUAUCAAAGAUGAGAGGAAAGGCUUGUAAUUGUUGACUGUAUAGCAUGGACCAGGGCUUCCCCCCGUUUUUUUUUUUCUUUCUUGAGGGAUGGGCAGUAAUAGUCUAGGCUGUCCUUGAACUUGCUACUGAUUCUCCUGCCUCUACCUCUCAAGUGCUAGGCCUACAGGUUUGUGUAGCACAUGUGGUUUUAUGUGGUACUUGGGUCAAACCCAGGGUUUGGUACAUGCUAGGGAUGCACUUUAGCUACUGAGCCACACUCCCAGUCAGAAUAUAGACAAGUUGAUAGAUAAGUCAGUAGAAGCUAGAUAGCUCAGUGCUUCUCAGCCUGUGUGUUAUGGUUCUUCCCGCAAACUUCUACCUCCAACAAUAGUUAUAUUAGCAAUUCAUAACGGCAACAAAAUUACAGUUAUGAAGUAACAAUGAAGAUAAAUGUUAUGGUUGAGGGUCAUCACAACAUGAGGAGCUGUGUUAAAGGGUCACAAGGGUCACAGCGUUAGGGAGGCUGAGAACCACUGGGUUAAAUGCAUAGACAGGAAGUGAACGAGGAGGUCAGAGAGGAGCGAGGAGGGGAAACAAUGUAGAGAAGAUGUGCUAACCGAGAAAAACUACUGUAUAUAAUGAGACCCAGGGUGGACGCAGCAGGAAAGGGACAGACAUCCUGCUGAGGAACUUAAAAUGUCCCGUUGGUAUGUCAUGCCUUUUUUUCCUCACUUUCAAUCUUUGUUAUUUUAUUUUUUUAGCUUUUAAAUAAGAGUCACAAUCUUAUUUUUCACUAAGCUGGCCUGAAACUGUAAUUCUUGAGUCUCAGACCCGUCCUUUUCUCCUCAGUGGCUGGGGCUAUGUGCAUUCCAUACUUAUGCCAUAUACUUUCUAUUUUAGAUUUGUUUGUUUACUUUAUAUAUAUGUGAGUACACUGUUGCUGUCUUCAGACACAGCAGAGGAGGGCAUCAGAUCCCAUUACUGAUGGUUGUGAGCCACCAUGUGGUUGCUGGGAAUUGAACUCAGGACCUCUAGAAGAGCAGUCAGUGCUCUUCACUGUCGAGCCAUCUCUCCAGCCCUGCCAGACAUAUACUUUCUUAGUUUUGGGAGUUUGCUUCCCAUUUAUUACCAAUGUAUAGAUGCCUCCCCACACAAUUCUAAAUAGGUUUUCUUGGCUUGUUUCUAUUUCUUUAAAUUUAUUUAUUUAUUUAUUUAUUUAUUUAUUUAUUUAUUUAUUUAUGAGGCAGGGUUUCUUUGUGUUGUCCUGGCUGUCCUGGAACUCACUCUGUAGACCAGGCUGGCCUUGAACUCAGAAAUCCGCCUGCCUCUGCUUCCCAAGUGCUGUGAUCAAAGGUGUGCGCCACCACGCUUGGCUUUCUUUAAAUUUUUGAUAAUUUUGUACACAUAUAUUCUAGUCUUAUCUGUUGAACAUCUUUAAGGCAUUGACCUACUAAUCCUAAAGACAAAAUAUAGUUUAAAUGGAAACUUUGCCACCAAAAAAGAAAUAAGUCCUUUAUCUUCUAUAUACUUACCAUAAUUAAUGAUAUUUAAGACCAACACCAGGCCUCUUAUUUGCUUGGAUCUCUGCUUCCAAACUUAGCCUGCCUAGCCCUGUAAUAGUACUCAUUUUUCUCUGUGUAGCCCUGACUGUCUUGGAACUCACUCUGUAGACCAGGCUGGCCUCGAACUCAGAAAUCCGCCUGCCUCUGCCUCCCAAGUGCUGGAAUUAAAGGCAUUUGCCACCACUGCCCGGCUUUGUCACCUUUUCUUUUAUACUAUCAAGGAUUUAAUUUUUUUAGAAAGUAUUUAUUAGCAUAUGUGUGCGUUGCAUAUUGAGGUUAGAGGGUAACUGACCCCACAUUGCUGUGGGUUUGGGGGAUGAGUGGUUCAGAGGACUUCUUACAAGUUCUUGCCUGUGGAGCCUUGCACUCACAGAAAUCCGCUUGCCUCUCUGCUUUCCUAGUGCUGGGAUUAAAAGUGCAUGCCACUGUCACUAGUUUAGAAAGCAUUUUUAGAGAUUUAUGUUAAGUUGUUGAGGGCAGGAUUGGAGAUAAAGUGAUUGGAGAUACAACUCAGAGGUGGAGUACUUGUCUCGCAUUCCUGCUGGAGGUUGGAGUCUAGCCCGGGUACUGUAAAAAGGAGAAACAAGGGCUGGGCCAGACCUAGGAAAUGGAGUUAUAAAAAAGACUCCUGGAAUAGUUUCACAGAAUGUGAAAUAAUAACUUUGAGAGGAUGAUGGAACAACGUGGAGAGUCUAUGAUUAUUUGGCAGGAGCUGGUACAAAAUAUAAAAGUUAAAUUUGGUGAAAUUUUUAAAGGAAACUUGUCAGGUAAAUUUCAAAAAAAUAAGUGGAAAGAUGGGCUGCAGAAAAAUUCCUUGAGGAAAAAAUACAGUUCUUAUGUUGAAACCAGAGGGAGGGAAGACUGAAAUGAGAAAGUGAAGGGAUAGAGAAGUGAGAGGAAGAGGGAGGAAUGAAGUUAUUGGAAGGUUUCUUCCUAUUUAAGGCAGUGUUCUGCCAGGUGCCUGGUACCUCCUGAUGACAGCUCAGUUUCUAAGGGUGCAGGUUUUUACCAAAGUUCCUGAAGCCACACAUUUUUCAUUUUAGACACCCAGGAAUAGGGAGUCCUAAAGUUUCUUGGGUUGGAGCUCUGGACAGGUUGGGGAGCCUGGCCUAACAGAGCGGACCGGCCAAGGCAAACCGAGCUUUGGGCCUGCGGGACCCACGCGCCUGCGGCCAAGGAAGGCCCCUUGGCGUAGAUCGAGGGAGUGAGAGAGCCGGGAGGCGGAGCCUUUUGUGUGCAGCGCGUGCGCCCGAGGCCUCGCUGCUGCUUCCGGAUCGGCGGUGCGCGCUGGCCCAGACUGCCAGGGUGCCCCGGUACAGUGUCUGUUCCAGUGGGGCCGCUGGGGGCCAGGGGCUGCUACUCCUCCUGUUCGCUGCCCUGUGCUUACAGCUUUAUGGUUCGUGAGAAGGAUAGAAGAGAAGAAUCAGUGGUUUGGAAAUUUAGCCAAGUGAUCUGGCGGGAUGGGCUUAUACCUGACACAUUUUAUAGAGGCAUUGGAUGGCACAAGUGACUGAGAGGAUCCCGAGAGUUUCCGGGGCCUGUGAAAGGUAGAAACUCAACCAUGAUUUCUUUCUCAACUCAACAGCAUUCCCUUCCUUGAAGUCUUCGUUUUUACUUCAGCCUCAGGCAGUUAUACUUAAGCAUGAACAUUGACGACAAACUGGAAGGAUUGUUUCUUAAAUGUGGCGGCAUAGACGAAAUGCAGUCUUCCAGGGCAAUGGUUGUAAUGGGUGGAGUGUCUGGCCAGUCCGCCGUGUCUGGAGAACUGCAGGAGUCAGUACUUCAAGAUCGAAGUUUGCCUCACCAGGAGAUCCUUGCUGCAGACGAAGUGUUACAAGAGAGUGAAAUGAGACAACAGGAUAUGAUAUCCCAUGAUGAACUCAUGGUCCACGAGGAGACAGUGAAAAAUGACGAAGAGCAGAUGGACACCCACGAGCGGCUUCCCCAAGGACUGCAGUAUGCACUCAAUGUCCCUAUAAGUGUAAAGCAGGAAAUUACUUUUACUGAUGUAUCUGAGCAACUGAUGAGAGACAAAAAACAAGUCAGAGAGCCAGUAGACUUACAGAAAAAGAAGAAGCGGAAACAACGCUCUCCUGCAAAAGUAAGAGACUGUGCUAAGAUCCUUACAAUAAAUGAGGAUGGAUCACUUGGUUUGAAAACCCCUAAAUCUCACGUUUGUGAGCACUGCAAUGCUGCCUUUAGAACGAACUAUCACUUACAGAGGCAUGUCUUCAUUCAUACAGGCGAAAAACCGUUUCAAUGUAGUCAAUGUGACAUGCGUUUCAUACAGAAGUACCUGCUUCAGAGACACGAGAAGAUCCAUACCGGUGAAAAACCAUUUCGCUGUGAUGAAUGUGGUAUGAGAUUCAUACAGAAAUAUCACAUGGAAAGGCACAAAAGAACUCACAGUGGAGAGAAGCCUUAUCAGUGUGAAUACUGCUUACAGUAUUUUUCCAGAACAGAUCGUGUAUUGAAACAUAAACGUAUGUGCCAUGAAAAUCACGACAAAAAACUAAACAGAUGUGCCAUCAAAGGUGGCCUUCUGACAUCAGAGGAAGAUUCUGGCUUUUCUACAUCACCAAAAGAUAAUUCACUGCCAAAAAAGAAAAGGCAAAAAACUGAGAAGAAAUCGUCUGGGAUGGACAAGGAGAGUGUGCUGGACAAAUCUGACCUGAAGAAAGACAAGAACGAUUACCUGCCUCUCUACUCGUCGAGCACUAAAGUAAAGGAUGAGUACAUGGUGGCAGAGUAUGCUGUUGAGAUGCCACACUCAUCAGUGGGAGGCUCUCACCUAGAAGAUGCAUCUGGAGAAAUACACCCACCCAAGUUGGUUCUCAAAAAAAUCAAUAGUAAGAGAAGUCUGAAGCAGCCCUUGGAGCAAAGUCAAACCAUUUCACCCCUAUCCAGCUAUGAAGACAGCAAAGUUUCCAAGUACGCUUUUGAGCUUGUGGAUAAGCAGGCGUUACUGGACUCAGAAGGCAGUGCUGACAUCGAUCAAGUGGAUAACUUGCAGGAGGGCCCCAGCAAACCUGUGCACAGCAGUACUAAUUACGACGAUGCCAUGCAGUUUCUGAAGAAGAAGCGGUAUCUUCAAGCUGCAAGUAACAACAGCAGGGAGUACGCACUGAAUGUGGGCACCAUAGCCUCUCAGCCUUCUGUGACACAAGCCGCCGUGGCCAGCGUCAUUGAUGAAAGCACCACAGCAUCCAUACUGGAUUCCCAGGCACUGAAUGUGGAGAUUAAGAGCAAUCAUGACAAAAAUGUUAUCCCAGAUGAGGUCCUGCAGACUCUGCUGGAUCAUUAUUCCCACAAACCUAAUGGACAGCAUGAGAUUUCCUUCAGCGUUGCAGAUACUGAAGUGACUUCUAGCAUAUCAAUCAAUUCUUCCGAUGUACCUGAAGUCACCCAGUCAGAGAAUGUUGGAUCAAGCUCCCAAGCAUCCUCAUCAGAUAAAGCUAACAUGUUGCAGGAAUACUCCAAGUUUCUGCAGCAGGCUUUGGACAGAACUAGCCAAAACGAUGCCUAUUUGAAUAGCCCGAGCCUUAACUUUGUGACUGACAACCAGACCCUUCCAAAUCCGCCAGCAUUCUCUUCCAUAGACAAGCAAGUCUAUGCAGCCAUGCCCAUCAAUAGCUUUCGAUCAGGAAUGAAUUCUCCACUAAGAACAACUCCAGAUAAGUCCCACUUUGGACUAAUAGUCGGUGACUCACAGCACCCGUUUCCCUUUUCAGGUGACGAGACAAACCACGCCUCUGCCACGUCAACAGCAGACUUUUUGGAUCAAGUCACUUCUCAGAAGAAAGCUGAGGCACAGCCUGUCCACCAGGCUUACCAAAUGAGCUCCUUUGAGCAGCCCUUCCGUGCUCCAUAUCAUGGAUCCAGAGCUGGAAUAGCAACUCAGUUUAGCACUGCCAAUGGACAGGUGAACCUUCGGGGACCAGGGACAAGUGCUGAAUUUUCAGAAUUUCCCUUGGUGAAUGUAAAUGAUAAUAGAGCUGGGAUGACAUCUUCACCAGAUGCCACAACUGGCCAGACUUUUGGCUAAAAAAAAAAAAAAUGUGUAAAUAAUACUGGCACUUUAGAACAGAUUACUCAAGAGUGGGGUUGCUCUGUAAAAUGGAGUGCUGUACAGUUCUAAGAGCAGUGCGUUCAUAGCAAGCUGAUAAGAAUAGCAAGAUAAUCCAAUAACUGCAUUUUGUUUGGUUAGUCAGCAUUCCUUGAACUGCCUUACGUGUCGUCACCGUUAGAGAAGCAAAUGCAUUACCUGUUUUAGAUCAGAACCUUGCUAUUCACCCACACCAAGAUAAAAGAAAAAGACUUUCGCACAAUUGUUUCCUAACUGAUAACAUUGUACAUUCUUAGGAGCGUAGUAAUUGUGUGAAACUUCCUCAUACUGUUUCUGAGUUUUUCAGCAUAGUAUUGCACUUCAGCAGGGAAUCCGAGGAUAUGUCACAGACAGUGAACUUAAAGUUUCAAUGUCAAGAGAUUAUGGCUUAAAUACGUAGUUUGUCCUAUAGGGGGGAAUAAAAAGAAACCACCUUUAAAAAUGAUAUGCCAUAUACCCUUGGUUUUCAUUUUGCAUUAUUGACAUGGUUUUUUUUUUUUUUGAAGAAAAAGUAAUAAAAAUCUGAUAGUCUAAGACUCCACUAUUUAAAAGCCUAAUUACUUUUUAAGUAUGCAUACUUUCAAACCUUUUACCAAAACACACAACCGCUGAAGCACUCACUUCUCUAUGGAAGUAUGCAUAUCGGUGUCAGUUUCUUUGUACAGGUAAACUUAGAUAUUUUUUAUGAUUUUUCAUGUGCAAGUAUCAAGGUUUGAAGUUUUAGUAAAAAAAAUAAAUAUUCUGUAGAUUACAUUCCCAAGAAAAUAAUGCUUACACAAAAUGUAUAUUCCACGUUUUAAAGCUGAAAUGUAUUUUAUUUUACACACUUCAGUUGACAUAGAGCACUUAGAAUUAAUCUGGUAUUUUUUGAUUUCUCAAAGUUAAAAUCAUAGAUUUUUUAGGUUUGAUAUGGUUGUGUCAUAAUCAUCUCAUAAUUGACAAUUUUGCUUUUUGGCAAUAAAAGAAAGUUGGGAUAUCUUUGAACUGUAAAACCUGGUUUAAUUCUUCUCUUUCUGGACUCUUGAUAGAUUGGAUAAUUAAACAGUAUCCCAAGAAACUAAAGAAAUGGGCAUUUUAAUUGCUUACUUACGUUACAUUUAAGUGAAUACUGCUCACGACAGUUUUACCAAGCGAAAGAGCUUACUGAUUCCAGUAACUGCAAUUUCUUUUUCAGCUAGAUGAGUGAUGGGAAAUUUUUUGUUGCAUUUCAAAAUCUAAAUAAACUACAGACUUUAUCCUUAUACCACGAAUGUUUUUUUUAUAUAUGUAUACUUUGUCUUAAAAUAAUACAGCAUGAUAUAAUAAAUAGUGCUUUUAUAUAUAUAUAUAUAUACACACUUUUAUGAAGAAUGAUGGUUUGAGUUACACAUUGAACAGUUUUAAUUUUUGGAGACUAACAUCGGCUCUACAUCUCUUUUAUUUGUUCUACUUUUUUGGGUUUUGUACUUUCCAUUUCCGCCAUCUUUAUCGCAGUGCCCCAGUGGUGACCUGAAACCAGUACCCUUGGGAGAUGACGCUUUGUUAACUUCCAUUUUGACUUUGCUGUUGACCCUGUAGAUGCGUGCUUUGUUUCAGUGUUGAGUAUUUUAUCCAUUUAAAUUAUUUUUCUUUUAUUUAAUGUUAUCCCAAGACUGUUCUCAUAAAGAAGGGAACAAAGAAAUAUCCUCCCCCAGUGUCCUUCACUUACACUCAUUUAUUUUUUAAAAUGUUGGUAUUUUUAUGACAAGGAAUAUAAGUUAUGUUUAUGUGGUUUCCUCUACACUUUGUUAUGAAACUGCUUGAAAUCAUAGUUUUCCCAUUUGACAGCUUUGCUGUCAGAUCUUCAAGAACUUUAGACUUCUUUGAAGUGACUAUUUUAAGUUCUGCCAUUAUCGAUCUGAAGACUGAUGUGUGUCUGUGGCGCAUCACAUAACCACAGGAACGCUUCAUCAGAUGAGGUGUGAUGGACCGUGUGCACCCUAGAUGGGUGCUUGUAUUUUUCUCAUAGUACUUUUGACAAGAGCAGACAUUUAUCUCCUAAGUUGAACCUGAUUAAAAACACAGUGUGGUUCCACUGAGCACUUGAUGCAUUUCUUGUACAGUGUAAGGGUCUGUUUUUAACAUCACCAGCACAGUUUUAAGAAUGUGACGGUUGCUGAGCGGUUCAGGUCAGCUUAGGAAGAAAAAGCCUUUGAAAAUGGAAGUUCUGUAAACAGAAUUUCAGGUGUUGCAUUCCUGUCUUAAACACAUUUCUUUAAAUCCACACAACGGCAGACUUUUCUACCAGGUAAUAAGCAUUCGAGAUAACUGAUAGCCAGCAUAACUUACUGACUUACCAGUUAAGUAUAGUCAUCACUUACUGUGAAAUUCCAGAUGCCUGCCAGGCUCAGCUUGUAUCUUCAUCCUUCGAGAAGCAUCUCAACAGGCUGGGUUUCCCUGUGUUGGUUUAGAAAGCUUUCCUGCCUGGGCAUUAAAGAAAGAAAGUGGCCUUGUGUGCUGCUCUGGACAGAUCCCUGGAGGAUAUGAGAUACCCUGUCAGUUCACACUUCUCAUUUCUUCUCCAAGCAUAGCUCUAGCACCCUUCAGCUUCUGCUCACCGUUAGCCUGUCAGUCUGGGCCCACUAGACAAGGCAGGAGCUCUCCAGCAUCCGAAAGCAUUGCUGCUGUUUGCGCUUCAGUUCUUACUGCACAUGUAUCUCAUUGGCUUUGGAAUAGCUGAGUAGCUCCUGUGGUUUUUAUUUUUGUGGAUCUACAGUGUACAUGUGCUACCUAGUCAGGUAGGAGUCCACCAUCUUAGCUCUGACUCAGGGUGCCAGCAAUGGGUCAUUUCUGUCUCUUAGGAGGUAGAAGAGGCCUUGUGCUCAGGGCAAGCUUUCAUUCCCACAGGUGAGGGACACUUGCAAAGUGCCAGCAAGGCUAGAUGUUUUGCCACUUCUUUGAUUUUUAUUAAUUUGGGCUUUUAAAGGGCUGUUUAAAAAAAAAAAAAAAAAAGCGGCCGGGAACCUCUGAGUAGGUGUGCUGCGUCCGGAGCUCCCUCGAACCUAAGCUAGAGGUCAUCUUUUACAGUGUACUUACUUGAAGAAGCUCUAUUCUAAUCAAUGAGAAUCUAUUUGAGUCUGCAAUUUAAGUUAAAACCUUUUCCGUUUCAAAUUGCUUUAUUUCAGGGAAAUAAUUUUCCAGUUGUUUUUGCUAUAUUCUGCAAAUAAAAAGUGUGUGUUUCCUUUUUUCCACCUAAACUUUGGUAGGAAACAGACUAAAGCAGACAAACAUUUCUUGUUGUGUUUGUUGCUUUCUUUAAUCCAAUGGAUAAAAAAAGUAAAACCCUGUAAACAUUAUUUUAUUUUUUUAUGCAAUACCAUGCUGUAAAUAGGGUUCAUCGAGUAAGGAUGCGCCUACCUAUGACUGAACCUUUGAUUCUGCACAGUUAGAGUUUAUAUAUAAACGUGUCUUGACAAUCAAGGACUUGAUGUGAGUCUUCCUUUAUGAUGUUUAUUAAUGUUAUGCAUUCCAUUUGUUUGAAGUGAGUACCAAUGUGCUAAUUUGUAUUGUCUGAAAGUAUGUAAUGUUUUUACAGCUUGUUUUUAAGACUCUGUAAAUAUGUACAAACCAGUCACAGUACCGCUUUAUGUUAGAAGGCGUGUGAUGUUGUACUGUAUGUAAGCAAUAAUACAUAGCAGUGCUAACUUUACAAGUAGCAUCAGGAACGUUCUAGAGAAACAUUUCAGAGUUAUCCUUAUUAGUUACCCUUGUUUCACUUAAUAAUGAUUACCUUUAAUCAGUUUUUAUAAGCAAAUUCCAUUGUUCCUCCUGUUGGAACGUAACACUGUUUACACAGCAUAACUGACGUUGCAGGGGGGACAGGCUAGAUGUGGCUUCGCCUGUGCUCACUCUCACUAAGCAUUGAAUGGCCUUACCACUCUUGUGCAAAGAUGGAGGAAGACCGCUGAACUUAGUGCCCAUCACACUGAAGGAAGGGAUGUGUUUUGUUUUGUUUUGUUUUGUUUUCCUGUUUCUGUACGGCUACCUAACUCUGGUUUGCUUUGGGUUUUAAUGUGUUUCUGCUCUAGAUUCAAGCCCGCAAGUGUUGAGGUAACUUCAGUUCAGUUGUGAAGUAGAUAGAUUUCUUCAUAUUUCAUAGCUACAUUUCAAUGAUUCUAAACUUUCUACUUUGAUUUUUAGAUACUUAUUUUUCAAGCUUGAUUUCUCAGCUGACCAGAUGAAUUUACUCAACUUCAAUACAAAGAAAGACAAACUUAUAGCUUGAAGUGAGUAGAUAUUAUACUGUACAGAGCAGCUCUCUGAACACCCAUCACUGCUUUAGAAACGAAGCCGCCAAUUUAUAAAUGAUUAUGACCUACAUUUUAUAGGGAAAAUGUUUUUAAUGCUAGUCAUUUAUAUAAUGUGCUUUGAAGGGUUUGCUAGGCCACUCCUGUCACUUUUUAGCACACUGGUACCUUUUCUAUGUAAUGUAUGCUUUUUAUUAUUGUAGCAAAGCAUUUCAGUAGAAAGAAUUUUGCAACAAUAUGGGGGAAAUUUUUCAUUGUCGGGUUUGAAUUAUACUGGAUUUUAUCUGUCUAGUCUUACUUGUCUUUAUUUUAAUGCUGUCUGGAAGGGACCUUGGUACCCAAAUAAAGCAGGUUAACCUCAUUGCUUCAAGGGCA